AAUCGUCUCACCUUUCCCAUGAACAUUUGUUAUUAUUAAAAACUCAGAUUUACUGGACAUUUUAUUCGGCCUGUAAAGAUCAAGACAGCUGGAUCGGUGUUUUACUUUACUUUCGAUUUGAAGUAAACCGAAGGAGCGUCAGAAUGGAGAUCUGCGGUCUUGUGACUCAGAAUAAAGAAUCAGUUCCUCUGAAGAGCAUCUCGGUGCAGGUUCGGGUUCAGGGUCAUGUAGCCACAGUCUCCUCCACUCUGCAGUAUGUGAAUGAGGAAGAGCGCCCCCUGGAGGCCUUGUUCGUCUUCCCUCUGCCUGCUGAUGCUGCUGUCUGCCACUUCAGUGCCAAGAUCGGAGAGCAGGAGAUUGUGGCAGAGGUGCAGGACAGAGAAAGAGCGCGGGAUCAGUAUGAUGAUGCUGUGAGUUCGGGUCAGCAGGCGUUUCUGUUGGAAGAAAGCGCUGAGAGUCCCGAUGUGUUCAGACUGAGUGUGGGGUGUCUGUCGGCGGGUCAGAACGCUGCUGUCACCAUCAUCUACAUCACUGAGCUCGCUGUGCAGGCCGACCACUCGCUGCGCUUCUGUCUGCCGGCUGUACUCAACCCUCGAUACACACCAGCAGGUUCAGGUGCUGGUAUCGUCUCAGAGAUUUCAUCAGGAUGUGGAGCUGUUCCCUACACGCUGACUCUCAGUGUCCAUGUGAGCUCUCCAAAGCCCAUCUCCAAACUAGAGUCCAACUGCUCUCUGGAUCCUCUAGUGUUCCUGCAGUCUGAUCACACUCAGGCCACGGUGAAUCUGAGUCCUGGUCAUAUGUUUGAUAAGGACUUUGAGCUGUUUGUGUUCUAUCAGGAUACCCAUCAGCCCUCUGCUAUAGUGGAGGCAGGAGUGACCACUGCCCCGCCAGGCUCUCUGAUGAGAGACCCAGUGGUCAUGAUAAUUUUGUACCCAGAGUUCCCAGAGGACGUAAAGAAAUCACUGGCAACUCGAGGGGAGUUUGUUUUUGUGAUUGACAGAUCAGGCAGCAUGGGCAGCAUGAUGCAUUAUGGGAAAAGAGCAAAGAUGCGCAUUGAAAGUGCAAAAGACACUCUGCUGUUACUGUUGAAGAGUCUGCCCAUGGGAUGCUACUUCAAUAUCUAUGGAUUUGGCUCUCAUUUUGAGUCCUUCUUCCCUCAGAGUGUCGUGUAUAAUCAGGAAACAAUGGAUCAGGCUCUGAAGAGAGUGAAGGAAAUGAAAUCAGACAUGGGUGGCACAGAGAUUUUACAGCCUUUAAAACACAUCUACAGUCAGCGCUCUCACCCUGAUCACCCCAGACAGCUGUUGGUCUUCACGGAUGGAGAGGUGGGAAACACUAAAGAGGUGCUGGACCUGGUGAAAAGUCACGCUCACUCUCACAGGUGUUUCUCGUUCGGGAUUGGUGAGGGUGCGAGUGCCGCCCUCAUCACAGGAAUGGCCAGAGAGGGAUCUGGUCACGCUCAGUUCAUCACAGACACAGACCGCAUGCAGCCCAAAGUGAUGCAGUCGCUCAGGUUUGCUCUGCAGCCCGCUGUGGUUAAUAUCUCUGUGGAUUGGACCCUUCCAGAUGGUCUUACUGUUGAAACAUUGUCUCCUCCCAUCAAUGUGCUCUUCCAGGGUCAAAGGACACUCAUUUAUGCCCAACUGAAAGGAGAGAGUUCAGGAGGCUCUGAGGGAACAGUGACAGUCAAAUACAGUCUUAAAGAUCAACCAGUAACAAACCAGCUCCACUUCUGCCUCAAACCCACUGAGGAAACUGGGCUGUCCAUCCACCGGCUGGCGGCUCGGACCCUGAUCCGUUCUCUGGAGCAGGAGGAGAGGUCAGGUGCUGCAGAUGUUGAGGGCAUCAGGAGCAGGAUGGUGGAGCUCAGUGUUCAGGCAGGAGUGAGCAGUGUUCAUACAGCCUUCAUUGCUGUUAAUAAAGACAGCAGACAGACUGUGAAAGGACCCCUGAAUCGGAGAAGAGUUUUAGCAUACGGUUAUCUAUUCACGAACAGCUUGUAACACUCCAAAGAGGAA